AGAUUCACAAGCUAUGUGUUUCAGCUAUGUUUUUGAAAAUUACAGUUCCUCAAUUGAGACACAUCCUGACUAAAAUAACUGCUAACCACACAACUAAUCUUUAUAUUAUACUAGUUUUAUUUUUUUCGACUUCCUGUAAAUGCGGAAGUCAACCGGCAAAUAAAUAAACCCACGUGAGAAGAAGAAUGUCGACCGAUAGUAGCGAGAAAACACCUAAAUCUGCGUCCUCUCAGUUCGGGGACCAAGUUCCCUGGAAGAAAAGGAAAGCAGAAUUAAAGGAGAAACAGAAGCAGUGGAAAAAGGCUAAACUCAUCAAACAGUUAGAGAAGCAGAAGCAACGUGAGGCUGCGGAGAGAGCGAAACAGGAGGAGAGCCAGAGUAACAAAGGUCGCGCUUACACAGUGAGCGUGGCUCUCCCGGGCUCCGUCCUAGACAACGCUCAGUCUCCUGAGCUCCGAACGUACCUGGCGGGACAGAUCGCCCGCGCCUGCGUCGUAUUCAACGUUGACGAGAUCGUUGUGUUCGACGAGCUCGGGGAAGAUGUCAAGAGCGUUGAGGGAGAAUUUAAAGGUGUUGGAAAGAAGGGCCACGCAUGCAUUCAGCUUGCCAGAAUACUCCAGUACGUGGAGUGUCCGCAGUAUCUACGCAAGUGGUUUUUCCCAAUGCAUAAAGACUUGCAAUAUGCAGGUUUGCUCAAUCCGCUGGACAGUCCUCAUCACAUGAGGAUAGACGAAGAGUCUGAAUACCGGGAAGGAAGAGUCCUCAACAAGCCGCCCAAACAGGGGAAGGGCUCGUUGGUAAACUGUGGGAUGAGGAAGGACGUCCGGAUAGAUAAGCAGCUGCAGCCAGACCUACGAGUCACUGUGAAGCUCAAUAAGACGCAGAAUCCAGAAAGCAGACUUUAUAAAGGCGUCGUCGUGGCUCCCCAUGUGCCCAGAACAGAAGGCGGUCUUUACUGGGGCUACACGGUCCGCCUGGCCUCCUGCCUGAGUUCAGUGUUCACCGAGAGUCCGUAUAAGGAAGGGUAUGACCUGACCGUUGGCACCUCGGAGAGAGGAAGCAGCGUGGACCAAGUAACGCUGUCACCGUUCAAGCACCUUUUGGUGGUUUUUGGAGGUCUUCAGGGUUUGGAAGCCAGCCUGGAGGCAGACCAGAACCUGGAUGUGACCGACCCCAGCAUUUUGUUUGAUCUUUACCUUAACACCUGCCCCGGUCAGGGCAGCAGGACCAUUAGAACCGAGGAGGCUAUCCUAAUAUCCAUGGCGGCGCUGAGACAGAAGAUCACGGCUGCUUUUUCAGACAUUUCCACUAGUUCAUGAAAAAUGAACAUCACUGUUUGAUACUUAACUCCUGUAAACAUACAUUGGCUGUACAAGUAAUCAGUGUUAUUUAGUCUAAGUUCUUUUUUUAAGCGUCUGAACUAAUUUUUACAUAUUUAGAUAAAGCUGAAAAGGCUUUAUUUGUGUAUCGUAUGUCUUGAAAAAUGUUUUACAGAGCAGCACGGAUAUGAAAGAAAACCACGCUGAAGUUUUGGUGAGAAAAUGCAACCCAUUAGCUUUUCUAAACUGGGAUUUGGUGACUUGUUCAAGCUCUCAUCUCCCUUAUGCAUUUUUUUUAAAUUAUACCACUGACCUCUGUGUAUUUUUUUGUUUGUUUUACACAAAAACAAAAGCAGUGAAUAAUUGAAGUUGAAGAAAAAGGAUAUAUGGGUUUCAAAAUUACCAAUAAUGUGAUAAGUGGCCUCCUGAGUCAAUAAAUCCAUCUGUUUUCAUCAAAACUAUUCCCAUGAUGUUCCAUAUGUACAUUUAGGGUGGUUGUCCUGCUGAAAGGUGGGCUGCUGUGUAUUUAGCUAUCUCUUCCAGUUUAUUUAUACCAAGAUUAAAGAACAUGGAUACGAAUUGACUGAUCCCAUAGCAGAUGGUUGCAGUGGAUACUAUUUAGUGAGCGUUGGAUUAAAAGGGGGCUGAAUGCAAAUGGCACACCGCACUUUUCAGAUUUUUAUUUGAAAGCUAUGUGUUCCUUUUCCUUCAUGUUCACAAUUUAAGUGCUCCUUUUUAUUGAUCAGUCAGAUAAACUAUCGUGAAGGCUGUGGUUGGAAAAUAAAAUAAAAAGCGUCCAAGGGUA